AUGGCAGCAUUUGUUUCCAUUCCUUUGCAGCAACACUUGGUGCGUGGAUUCGGAACCAAUGAACGCUUCGAAUGCUUUGCGAAGACGAACACAACAAGGAAAAACUUGGAUUCAUCCUUUCGAUUGUCAAAAUCAAAAUUUGCUCUGGUUGUGGCGGCUUUCGCAUUGCCAAUCCGGCGGCGAAGGGAUGAAGGCCGUAUAUGGCAAACAGCCAGCCGUCAGGAUUCAGAAACUAUCCUAGUUGAGGGCGAAAUUGAGGAAAAACUGCAACAGAACAAUGAGUUGCGAUUCGGUGUUACAGAUUCUUUCAUGCUUUCGUGGAUCAGUCGGAGACUGCAUUCCUUUUUUCCAGAUGUCCAAUUCUCUGGCAUGGUCUUGGCAAAUGAGGUCGGAGGCUGUGGCCCAGAGCAAUUAGCAAAUCUUCAAGGACUCUUAGAGAGCGAGGAGGUUGAUUUCAUGGUUUUGCCCGCCAAAGACGUUGCCUUUUCUCUUCCAAGCGGUCUUUCUGCUGCUGCCAUCCUCAGAGAGGAUUCUCGCGAUGCUGUGGUUGUCAGACCUGGGAUUGAGUCUGUGACAUCCCUUUCGGACUUGCCACCGGGCAGUACGGUUUGUGUGUCCUGUGCACGGCGUCGCUUGCAAAUAUCUUCCAGGUUUCCAGCUCUCAAUAUCUUGGAGAGCAAUCUACCUGCACAAUCUCGACUUCGGCGAUUGUACAGUUUGGAUUUCGAUGCAGUCGUUGCUGCUGUUGCUGGCUUGCAAAGGACAGGCCUCAGUAUGGCUGAAAAAGAAAUUUCGCCUUUGAAAUUGGAUGAAGUUAUGCCGGCCCUUUGUCAAGGCGCUGUAACUAUGCUGUGCCGAAGCAAAGAUGAAGAAAUACUCUCCUUGCUGGCAGACUGUGAUGACGAUGCAGCUAGACUUUGCAUCGUUGCUGAGCGCGAUCUUCUGCGUCGACUUGGAAGGUUGCCAGAUGGUGCUGCAGUAGGAGGUUUGGCUCAAUUGUGGCGGCUCAAAGAUGUGACGAUACGUGGUGCAGUGGUGCCCAUUCCGAUGAGCUGUGAGUCGUUGAGGUCUAGCCAUGGAAGUUUUAGUGGGACCGGAGGCGUGCGCUUUAAAUCUGAGCAAUCCUCCCCGCCCCAAGCACCAUCACGGACCACCACUCCUGUCCGGACUGUGAAUUCUCCUCGUGGACCGUCACCAUCAGCAUCGUUUGAAAACUCAAAUGCAAGAUAUUCAAGCCGCCGAAGUUUACCGGACUCUGUGUCCUCCAGACCUGAAACACCAAAUAGCACUGCAUCUGGGCGAUCUAACACACUGGUCGAGGGGCGGCUUCUUUUGAAUGACUUGGAUAAUGAGGGCACAUCCAAGGAACAUGUUCGCUUUGUUCAUUUCGACGAAGACAGAGCUUUGCUUCGCAAGUAUCAGGACUUGCCCUUAGAGCUCUAUGGUCAACCAAUGGCCUCAGACUCACCACGGCGAAGAGAGGCUUCACCCCAGUCUCCCAGAGAUAUCUCAUUUGACAGGCCAAGAGAUUCACCCAGGUCUCCCAGAAACCCUUCACCGAAGAAAAAGGCAAAGCGCCCAAAUCAUCCACCACGGAGGAAACUUGUGAAAGCUUUCAAGAGUGACAAAUUUGAACACUCUCGGAUUGAGUCAUGCUUGCAAGUAUAUGGGCAGCCAGCAAGGGUUGCAGUGGAGGCCAGUGAAAUGACUCUUGAAAAUCUGCAGAUCGAUUCUAGGCACACUGACGAAAGUGAAUCUGGACCAACCGUGGAAGCAGUGGAAACAGAAACAGAUAGGGGACCUGCUGACUGCACCGAUGAUCAUUCGGCUCAACAAACCAGAACAACGCCUUCUCUGGUUGAGCGCAACGAUUCGCAAGUGCCCCGUUCAGGUUCAAGUUGGACUGGCAAAGCCAUGGGUUUCGAAUCUGAGCGAUCCAAGUCCAAGGGGCAGUAUCCGGAGUCGAGCACUUCAUCCAAAUCCCGUGACUGGAAGGAUGUCCCGGUGGAGAUCAGAGGCAUUCUCCGAAGGGUUCCUUCGUUCGGCCAGUGCUCUUCGCCUUCAAAAGGCCGGAGAAACCAAAGACUCAACGGUGCAGCAAACUCCUCCAAAGACUCAACGGCUGAAGCAGCUCUGAGCUCAGAGGUGGUAGAAACGGCUGAGAAAAUAUCAGUCGAGAUUCAAUGCUCGAGCGAUUCUGAAGACGAUUUGGACGACACUGUGUGGUCCACUGGGCGAAGAGUGUUGCUUCGGCGUUGCAGUCCCGACAAAGUGACCUGGCACCGUUGGCACCGCCUUGAGCAGCAGAAAGGCCUCAGCCGCCUUCAGCUGUACCUCCAAUCCUUUCAGCAUCGAUUCCCUGGCACUCUGGACUCUGAGCAGCUGGCUAAAAAUGCCGCGGCUCGUCUCACCCGCUCCCGAAUGGUGGUGUUGCCCUUGAUCAAAACUGAGCCGGACGGACGACUCUCCAUGCAAAGCACCAUGGUUUUCUCAGAUGCCGAUGCUGAAUCUCCACGAGUUGUGAAGGUAGACAUGGACGGUUCCGCAGACGAUUGGCAGGCGCUAACGAAGAACGUGGCUCACGCCUUCCUGUCCGACGAUACCAUAGCUGCCUUUUCUCUCGUAGAUGGGCAAGAGCCUCACAGUAGAGCGAGGAGUCACGGCUUGGCUGAUGACACAGAUGACACGGAGGAGGAUCCGGGAUCUGACAAUGGUGCUGCAAGUGAGGCAUUGGCAGCAAUCGGAGCUGCUGAUCGGAUUCCAGUCAGCGACGUAGAUGGCUCUGGCAGAACAGCUUACAGAGGUCGUGUUUGUGGAUAUUUGGCCAAUCGUAAUGGAUUGCUCGUCGACAUCAACUGUGAGUUUCCUGCGUUUUGGUAUCCUGAACAUGCGUCCUCGUCCUCCUCUUCGCCGGAGCAUUCGGACUGGGAGGAGUUGUGGCCCCUCGGUAGCGACGUUGAGGUCUAUUGCUGUGCGAAACAUGCAUGGUUUCUCCGUGUGGUGGCUGAGCCACCACUGCGGUUGCCAGUGCGCGGUGGGAUCCCUCGUCUGAAGCUAGAACAGCUUCAGCCUGGGCAGGGUCCAUGGCGAGCAGUUGUGAUUUCUUCAACGCGUGAUGGCACGUUGGUGGACUUCAACUGUGAAAUGCCUGGUCUGCUUCAGUCUGAUCGUUUUUAUGUGCGGGGAGAAGAAGCUCGCGUGUACUGCAUGAAAGUGGACAAGGAGAACAGAGUCUGCGUCGUAAGCACAGCAAAGGAGCUAUUAACCUCGGUUCACGAAAGGAGGAAGUUGGAGGAUUUAGCCUCAGAGGACAACUCAACGGGUUUGCGAGGCACCGUCUUGAACGUGACCGGGAAUGGAGUUUUCAUCGAUGUGAAUUGCGAGGUUAGAGGCUAUGUAUCGCCCAUGGAUAUUGACCUCAACGCGUCACCGAAUGGCCUGUACAAAGGCUUUGAGGUGACCGUGUACAUCAAAUCUGUGCACUUGGAGAAACGACAAGUGCGGUUGUCAAUGUUUCCCACGCGUGAGCCUGUCAAAAUUCUUGGAUUGAAGCAGACUGAGGACAUCUUACAGCAUCUUUCCAGUGUCCAAUGUUGCAUCCUUCUGCACGUACAGAGAUGUCUAAACACUCAAUACAGCUGCCCCUCAAUAAACAAAUCAGAUGUGCAAUGGAGUCUUCAUUCUUCUCGCAACCGCCAAUUGCGUACUUCCAGACUUUGCAGUCACCAUGUGCACCUUCCUUCAUCUCUUGCGACCGGACACCAUAUGAGGACUUCGGAUCAAAGUAUGAGAGCAUCUCCUCGAAGGUCUGCGGUUGGGCUGGCGAAUUGGGAAAGGACCAUGACCUGA